AUGGAUACAAAUGAUUUGAUUUUAAAUGUGAUUGGUAGUCUAUAUGAAAUUGUUAAAAGUUGUUAUGGGUUGAAUGCACAAUAUCAAAUGUUGGUAAAUGAUGAAAAUGCCAAAAAUGAUGAUAUAAGUGAUUAUGGUAAUGAAACUCAAACUAUUAAACUUUCCAAAAAAGCUUCUGAAAUAUUAAAGUGCAUAAAAGUUGAACAUGUUUUUUCAAAUAUUGUAAAGAAAUCAGUCCAAAUGUUAGAAUCAAUUUGCCAUGAUGGAACAAAUACAUUAGUACUCUUAAUUUAUUCACUCUUUAGGGAAUGUGAUAUUGAUUUAAAAUUAUUAUACAAUACCAUCUAUUCAACUAUUAAUACAAAAUUAGAUGAUAAUAUUAUUAAUAAUGAUAAUAAUUCAAUUGUAUCAAAUAUUAGUAAACUUUGUUUGGAAUCAUUAAAAUCAUUGUAUAUAGAAAGAAAUGAUAAACAAUUAACUGUAUUGGAUAUAAUGAAUAAUAGAAUUUCAUUUCAAGACCAAAUCAUAAUUUAUCCAAGAUUAAUAUUAUCAAAUAAUCCUAGUAUUAAUUUAAACAAUGAAUCAAUAUUACAUAUAAAUAGUUUUAUAAUUGAUAACAACAAUAAUAAUAGAAUUAAUAAAAUCAAUAUUAAUAAUAAUAAUAAUAAUAAUAAUAAUAAUAAUAAUAAUAAUAAUAAUAAUAAUAAUAAUAAUAAUAAUAAUAAUAAUAAUAAUAAUAAUAAUAAUAAUAAUAAUAAUAUUAUAUUUAUAAAUGAAAUAUUAAAAUUAAAAUCAAAUUUUGAAAAAGAAGGUAUUACAAAGUCUGAUAAUAAUAAUAAAGAAAAUGAAAAAGAUAAAACAAAAUUAAUAUUUCACUCUGCACAAGAAAGAACAGAAUUAUUACAAUAUGAAAAAUUAAUUUUAAAAAAUAAAAUUAUAAACAAUAUUAUAUUAAUAUUUAAAUCAAUUGAUGAAUAUUCAAAAUCUUUAAUUUAUAAUUUAAUAUCAAACAAUACCAAUUAUUUAAUAUUUGAUAAUGUUCAAGAACAACAUAUUAAAAUAAUAACAAGAUCAUUUGGUAUUAGUGUAAUUAAUUCAAUUGAUUCGACAAUUAGAGAUGGAAUAAAUGACGAUUUAUUUUUAAAAAAUUUCGUUGGAAAGUGUGGUGAAAUAACUUUUUAUAAUUCUGAUAAUAAGGUUAAACUUUGUAAUUUAAAAACUAAAUCACCAUUAUUAUCAGUUGAAAUUUAUGGCUCUUCUAAUCAUAUUUUACGUCAAAGAGUUGGUAGCUAUGUAACUGGUAUGGGUAUUGGUAAAUGUUGUCUUGAAGAUUUAUUCAUUUUACCAUCUGCUUGUUCACCAGAAUUUUCAAUUAUUCAAUCAUUAUUAUUAAAUUCGAAACAUCAAUCAGAAAAUAAUGAAAAAAAUAAUGAUUCAUCAUCAUCAUCAUCAUCAUCAUCAUCAUCAUCAUCAUCAUCAUCAUCAUCUACAACAUAUAUCGAUAAGGAAGUUUAUCAAGCUCUAAUAAGAUCUAUUGAAACUAUUCCAAUAACAUUAUUAAGUAAUCAAAGUAAUAAACCAAUUUUGAAAAUUUUAGAUUCCUUUUAUUGUAAUUUUAAAGAUGAUAUUGACAAAAUCAUUGGAAUUAAUUUAUUUAGCAAAGGUGAAGAUGAUUUCUUUUUAAAUCCAAUCAACAAUGGUAUAUUUGAAACUUAUAGAAGUAAAUUUCAAACAUUUAGAUUUGCAAUUGAUAUAGUUUGUCUAUUAUUAAAAAUUGAUCAAAUAAUUCAACCAAACCAACUACACCAAAAUCAACAACAACAACAACAACAACAACAACAACAACAACAACAACAACAAAUUUCUAUGCCAACUAUAAAUAAAAAAGAAUAUAUUGAAUUUAAACCAAUGGAGAUAUCAACUGAUGCAAUGGAAAGAGAAAAGAUUGAAAAUACAAAAAAACAAAAUGAAAUAUUUUAUUCAAAACAACAAGUAGAAAAAAGAGAAAGGAUUGAUAAAAAUUUCAAAACAAACCCAUUCACACAAAAAUAG